AUGCGGCAUUUAAGAGUAAGAUCGCACUUUAAGUCUGGUCGGCUCGGAGUCAGAAUAAUGUGUCCGGUUUCGAUUCCGUGUUCUGGUGGACAUUUAGCGGAAAUACAAGAUGCUGCAACAAACAAAUUUUUACAGGACAAAUCACGAUUAGGGCAUGCAAAUGACAACGAUUAUAAUUAUUUCAUUGACCUAACUGACGAGGCGGCUCUGGAUGAAUGGGAAUGGGUGCAAAGUGCUACAAAACCUAACUUUACAAAUUGGGGUGAUAAUCAGCCAGAUCACCAAGGCAACGAUGAGCACUGCGUUUUUCUUUAUGCAAAAGAUCAUUAUCGAUGGCAUGAUGUAGAUUGUGACGACCAUGAUUUAUUCAUAUGUGAGGAAGAAGAGAUGAAUGCAGGCGGCAACAUCAUUGGUUGA